AUAUGUGACGUGUUAGUGUACCUUCGAAGGUGUUGUUUUGACAAGCUAACGUUACACCAUCAUGGUGAUGUAUUCAUUGCGUGAUUAUAUUAUGGCAGGCUAGCGAAUUAGCUUGAUCGGUACUGAAAAGUCAUUUUUAACUGGAGAACUUGCCGCUAACGAACUAAAUUCACACAAAACGCAAACAAUUAAUCUCUUUUGAGGUUAGUCAGUCGGAUGUAAGGGUGUAGCAGUACGGCCCUAAUCCCAUAUGGAGUUAGUUUACUCCUCUCUACAGGUUUCAGUGGAGCAAGUUGCCACUUUGCUGAGGUAACGCUAGCUAGCUGGUCAUUGAAGUGAUUGGUUGUCAAGUGAUUGGAGAAUGGAUGAAUCCACAGAUAAUCUUAUUACUUUGGAAACAUUGCUGGAGGGCUUUCACAGUGAUGGCAACUACAUUCAUGGCUAUGUGACAGACGAGACAAGGGUCCACAAAGCAGUAGAAGUUUACCGACGUAUCACUGCCACAGCGUUCAGCGUUAGAACAUCUACUCCUCUUAAUUUUGAACCCAGCAAAGCGAUGAAGGGGAAGUUUAGCACUCGUUCAAUCAAGUUCACCAAGUCCAGCUGCCCAAACCUUAACGAAGACGGUGUUCCCUUCAUGCACGGUGGAAGGAAAAUUCUGGAAUGUCAGUUUGGGCCCAAAAGGGAACACGAAAAAAAAAGCGAGAGGGACGAUAGCGCCGCAAUGCCCGUACUGCAGACCUUGGAAGAGAUGGAACACGACUACACUCCUGCCUGCGGACCCGCGGUCAAAAGGAAACGGAUAAAUAUACGGGGCACAAGGAAGAAGGGGUGUCAAGCCAGGAUUUCCAUUGUGCAGGUGUGCAGGUUCCCCGAGUACGCAGUAUUCAGCAAGAAGUGCAUCAGUAUACAGCAGAUCCAGUUAAAGGAAAGACUGCUACAAGACCUAAAUGAUGGGAAGGAAGUGAAGAUCGAGAACAGGUUCUACAUUGACCUGCCGCUUGAUAAAGCACACUCCAAACACCCUGCCGGGUCCCUCUCCGGAAUGGCGCAGACUGUACAUCCGCAGAUCAUACAGUGGAUCGAUGAGCUGGUCGGGGAAGGCGUGACAAAUCCCACAGAGAUGCAAGGGAAACUGAGACAAUUGGUGAACACCCGAAUGUCGGACACGGCCGCCCCUAAUUUGCAAGACAGGGGAUAUUACCCGAAACUACGGGACAUUAAGAACCACAUCUACAGGGCAAAAGUAAGACGGCGCAUGCCAAAUCUGGGUCGCGAGGACAUCGCAGAGCUGGGUCAGGACGACAUUGGGGAACCUAAGUGUGAGCCAGGCGACUGUGAUGAUAUCUAUGCAGAGGUAUUAGUUCUCAGACAACAGAGCACGGACGGUGAGGACGACCUCGUCGGGAGGCAGAGGGAGGAGCUGCUCUUGGAGCUGGAGGUUCUCAGAGACCUGGUGCACCAGUGCUCGAGCCUCGCCGCCCUGCAGCGGCUGACCGCGGACACGCGGGCCAUGCAGGAGCGAGCCCAGAACUUUCUGGAAGAGUCUCCAGAGGCACUGAUGCCCCCUCCUUCAGACUAACCCUGAACUAUGAGCGCGUUAACCCGCAAAGAUCAACAGUGGCAGCAGUCCUGUCUGCGGAGGACCAGGAGAGCGUGUACUGCACACACACGCAUUUCUUCACGAGUGCAUGAAUGACAGCUGAAGGCUCUUCAGGUGCCCAUGUGGACCUUUUUUAACUGUGACCUAAUCUAAUGAGUGAGCCAGUGUUGGUGAAUAGUCAUUCACUCAUGCAGCCAGGGUAAAUGGUGGAGACAAAAUCUGCUUCAUACACUCACCGGCCCUCUGGGACCGAAAUUGCUCACCCCUGCCACUAGGUACACAUGUACACCAGCUCAUUAAUGCAGAUAUCUGCAAAUAUCUAAUGGCAUCAUGUCAACAUGGAAUGUUUCCAGUACCUUGUUGAAUCCAUGCCAUAAAUAAUUUGUGCUGUUCUGGUGGUGAAGGGAGAUCCUACCAAGCACUAGAACUUUACCUAAUAAAGUGGCCACUGAAUAUAUGUGGAAUUGCGACCACACAACCUACUCCGGUGGUUCUCAAUCCUGUUCCCAGUGAUCUACUGUCCUGUAGGUUUUCUGUCCAACCCCAAUUUGGCACACCUGAUUCAAAUGAGCAGCUCAAUCUCUUAGCUGUUGAAUGAGAUGUGGUUUCUUAAAACUGUAUCUUGAAUAUUUCACUGUGUUCAAGUACAAGAGUGAACCACUGUAGUUUCCAGAGCUGUGAAAAUGGAAAUCAACAUGUUUGGUUGAAACAAAACCCAGUGUGCAGACCUGCCCUCCAGGACUGGAGUUGUGCACUUCUGUUGUAAAGAUUUCAGUUUGACGGUCUUCCUGUUGUGUCAGUUCAUUUGAUGGAAGAUUGUAAAGUUUUACACUU